GUACAUUGGUGGCUCACAUUACAGAACACAAAUUAUCUAUUAAUCAAAUAUGUGUAUCUCCUGAUCACAAUUUCUUUGCGUCAUGCUCGGAUGAUGGAACUGUUAGAAUAUGGGAUUGCACUAGAUUUGUUAAAAACUUUAAUAACCGCUCAAGAGCCACAUAUAAUCAACAAGGUUUCACACAUUGUAUUGCAACUGCAUCAGAUAAUGGAAGUAUCCAUAUAUUUAGAAUUGAUUUUUCUCCUGCAGUCCCUGCACCAAAGUACGGAAAACCACAAACUGUGAGAGAAACAUGCUUGAAUGGAGAAUAUGCUGUGGCAAUGGAACAUUAUGAUACUGGCACCGAGUCCAUUUUACUUUAUGUGACAUCUAAGGGAAGCAUAUGUGGAUUAGAUUUAAGGACAAUGCAAAUAGUGUGGAAAUUUGAAAAUCCUAAAAGCCACGGUGUCAUUACAGCAAUGGUAUCUGAUAAAAAACACAGAUGGCUUCUUAUUGGUACAUCUCGAGGAAUAUUUACACUAUGGGAUUUACGAUUUAGAAUUCAAAUUCGAUCAUGGGUUCACCCUACUAAAAGUCGAAUUAGUAAGCUUCUCUUACAUCCUCAAAUUGGAAGUCAGAAGUGGUGGGUAAUUGUUGCUGCUGGAAAAAAUGAAGUUUCAGUUUGGGAUAUAGAGAAGGUUGAAUGUAAAGAAGUUUUUGGUGUGAGAACUGGUGACGAGAAGAUUGGCGGUAUAUCUUUGGAUAUGUUUAAGGCCGUUGAACCUCCAGGUCCAAAUGAUAUAUUGCGAAGUGCUUUUACUGCUCAUGAAAGCAGUUUUUCUGCAGAUAAUUCUAUUCGAGCAGUUCUUUACCCGUAUGAGUGUAAUUAUAUGAUAACAGCUGGAUCAGACCGCAAAGUCAGGUUUUGGGUUAACAGCCGAAUUGAAGAUUCGUAUGUGAUUGUUGGAUCAGAUCCUGACGAUGCUAGACCUACUUAUAACACGAGACCAUUUGAUGGAAUAAAAGUCCACUAUGAACUGCUGUAUCGUAAUACAAACAGUGUAGCAUCCCAGUCAUCGUCCACUACAUCGUCUUUACAAAAUUCAACACACUCAAAUGGGCAUAAUAGUUCAAGCCAUAGCAAUAGUGGCAUUAAACGACCGUCUGCAAAUAAUAAACAAUACAACAAUGGAAAAAAUCAGUUAAUUUCUUAUCAACAAUUGCUACUUAAAAAUCAUUUAGAUUGCAUAACUGAUUUAGCAAUUACAGAAAUUCCACACCCAAUGUUAAUUAGUGGAGAUAGAGAUGGUGUUAUUAAAGUGUUUUUGUAG